UAGAGUCUCAUCAAAAGUUACGAGAAGUAUAAUACACAGUGGCUGUGUAAUCAAUCUGAUCAGACAACCGCUAGUGUCAACUUGGACGCCAUCCAGGAUGGCUUCGGACGACUCCCGGCUGGAGUCUCUUGUAGGCCAAUGCCGGAGCAACGGUUUGCCACCUGGCCAUCGCAUGAAUGCUGCUCUGAUAUUCUUGUAGAUGUUGACGUCAAAGUCGACGCUCUCACGAAACUCCAAGCCGAGUUUGAGGCUGGCAUUGAGAUAAACGACCCCGACGGCCUUAUUCAAGUGCUCAAAGUAUGUCUGCGGACGUCAAACCAGCAUUUGACAACCGCGACAUUAUCUGCCCUGCCCCCGCUCCUUCCACUCCUCGUCGCGCCGUCCGCUAAAAACGAUGAACAAAACGCGUCUUCUACAACAUCCAACGGCUUGUUUGUCGACGCAGUGAUCCUCCGUCAACUUUUGCUUGCGUUCCUCUCGCCCGGCGGGCUCAUUGAACGCCUAGGUGACAAGGACAGGAUGCAGGUCAAGGCUCGCGAGAGUAUCGUCAUACUUGGAGGAUUCGCGUUUCGUGCCAACCCUCCGGCCUCUUCGGCCCAUACCGCGACAGCGAAAUCGAGAGACGGGAAAGCACAUGAGACUCCUCUGAUGAUGUUUGAAAGGUUCUUACGCGAGCUAGGGCUUGCGAGCAAAGUAUGGAAAGUGCGGGAACAGUCCAUCCUCACCCUGGUCCAUAUCCGCCGGGCCCAACCUCAAUUUCCGAUACGGACUUAUCUCACGCAACUGGUCGAAGCGCUCGAAGACACCGACGCUCAUGUCCGAGACUCUGCUCGUCAAUCCGUUGUUGAGCUCUUUUCUGGACCGGGGGUAUCUGAUGGAGCUCGGGCUGACUUAAAGAAAGAGUUGACCAAAAAGAACGUGCGGAAGACGAUCGCAGACGCUGUGCUCUCAAAGCUUCUCGGCGGUAGUGUAAACGGAAGCAGCCCCCACAGCAGAGAGGGUUCUGAGAACGGGGAAGGGGCGGCUGCCCCUGGCAAAGCUAAAGAAUAUGUUCCCCCGAGCAUGGCACUGGCUAGUCGACGACCAACUGUAGGAAGCGCCACGACGGGAAUCUCGCGGACCGCCAGUAUCCAGUCGAGUAGCUCGAGACCUCCAAGUCGGGCCGCUGCUCUGGACUCGCCCAGUGCUCUUCCUACCCCAAGUAGCGAGAGUCCUGAUAUCCGCCCCGUCUAUAUUGCGUCCAACAAAGAUCUCGAGAACGAGUUCGCAGGGAUGGAGAAGCCAUUUGAGGGGAAAGAGAAUGAACACAACUGGGCAGACCGAGAUCGUGCCAUCCAAAGAGUCCGUGGAAUGAUCCUGGGAGACGUCCAUGUACGAUUCGCGGAUACAUUCAUGGCACACAUGAAAGAGUUCAUCCAAAUGUCGUUGAAAACUCUUGCCAGUCUGCGGACUACCGUGGCCACAAACACAUGCGCGCUCUAUCUGGAAAUGUGCAAUGCCCUUGGAGUCGCUUUGGACCCCUUUUGCGAAACACUGUUCACCAACCUGCUCAAGAUGGCUGGAUUCACGAAGAAGUUGACAGCUCAGCAGUCUCAAGCGUCGGUCACUGCUCUCAUUGAACACACAUCAUCCCCACCGCGGAUUCUUCUGCCGCUGCUUUGGCACGGUCUCCAGGAAAAGACAAUGCAAACACGAGCCUAUUGCACCGCUCACACCGAACAGUACUUGAGAGUGCAUGGGAAUCGUGCCAAACAUUCCAUUGAAGCCUCUGGAAGUUUGGAGGUGUUGGAAAAGCUGUUGAAGAAGGCACUGAGCGAUGCGAGUCCUGCCGUGAAAGACAAUGCUAGAACAUGUUUCUGGGUCUUCCACAGCAUUUGGCAUGAACGAGGUGCGACUAUCCUUGGGGCAUUGGAUCCUUCCGGUCGAAAACAACUCGAAAAAGCCUGCCCGGAUCCAGAGCAGGUAGUUGUUUUGAAGGACUUUCAGACACCCAAACCUGCCAAGAAGAGCAGUGUUGCUGCAGCAAUUGCGGCGAGCCGCGCCAAGGCUAAGGCGAUCGCGAACGCACCUCCGACAUUGCGGCACCAAGCUACCUCAACUUCGCAUGCAAGUGCUGCACCCCCAAGGCGGACGCCGUCGCCGACUGUGUCGCCGAGGAGCUCGAUAGCGGCGAGACCGUCAUCGCCGUUACGCACGUCGUCCUCGCCAUCCACACUCUCACCCAAGGCUCGGGUCGUGUCGAGUUCGAUUGUUCGGUCGACCAGUGCCGAAGCCGUACCCUCUCACCACAGCCACUCUCCGCCAUCUCCAUCUGAGCAGUCUAGUAUCCGCCGGCGGACGUCAUCGCCGCUAGCGACGUCUACUGCCAAUCGCGCUUCGACCAUCCGCAAAGCACUCAAGCCCGACCCGACGUCACCUUCGCCUCGAGUGAAGAAUGGCGCGGUGCCCAUCAACAUCCGGCAUUCUACACUGUUCGACCCGAUCGAUCUGGAUGACGAAUCGCUUCUCCUCGCGCAGACUGUGCCGAUUCCCCACAGCGACAGCGAGUCCGAGCAUUCCGUCAAUCUCAUGUCAUUUUCUGCUGCGUUCGAAAAGUACGGCGCACGCUCACCCCCUCCGCGGACGAAGUCCAAGUCACAAGCGCAGUCUUACUCGCCCGAAGUGUCGAAUGCAUUGUCAUCGGGAUCCAUGGAUACGAUUCCGGGUCAGCCCGUCGUUGAAGAUGCUUUGAGAGCUCGGGCCGAGCAAGCCGAGAGCGCUGCAGAGAGACUGCUCGAGCUCGUGGAUGACGAUGAGCUGCAGCAUUCUACCAUUCCUGUUUCUCUGUUGAACGGCAGCUCUUCCAACCCCAUGCCACUCGCACCCCCGAUCAAGCCGACUCACGCGCAGCCACCGGCAACGCCGGUCAACCGAGGAAACAUUAUGCGACAGGCUGCUUUAUUCAAAAACAGCCCUGCGAGUAAUGGACAUGCCCCGGCGUCGUUGAUGGAUGUGCUCCAGAACCAGCGACAUCAGACUGGAUGGUGGUUAAAGCGAAAAAAGUUACUUGCGCAGAAGUCAACUGCAACUGAGAGAGUCGAGACUGACCGGGGAGAAGAACUGCUGUCCUACAUCACAGCUCUCGAGGCUGGCGAGGCUGAUGUUGGAACCCUGAAGAAAUUGAUUCUCCUAGCCAUCGAGAACCCAGCAGCUGAUGCGGUGUCGUCUCCGCUGAGCCCCGAGUUCAACUUUCCCUCGAGCCCGAGUCCAUUUGGGAACACAUCUCACCAUGUUCCGCCGCUCCAUAGUGAUAUCUGGGCUCAGAACAGAAGCUUUGACCGGCUCAUCAAUGCUCUCCUGGCUUUCAUGCAACCAACCAAGACUGAAGACGAGAUCGAAUAUGGGCUGAUUGCACUGUGGGAAUUGAACGAAAAUCAGGCCGCCUACUUGGAAGGCCGCGAAAGCGACUUGUUUUCCCUCCUGCUUCGGAUCCGGUAUUGUGAUAAUCACAACGUGCUGGAAGCUACCAACACCAUCCGAGACGCCCUGACGACUCGCAUCGAGCCUGUCUACGGGCUGACGACGAUGCACGCCUCAUUGAAAGCGUUCAAUGCGCUGCCACACCCCGAAUCGUCUAGCGAAAGCACCAAGUCGUCAUCGUAUGCGUUUGGCUUGAUCGCUCUCGGCAAGUUUGUCCUCCGGCUCCCGGGAGAGAUUGCCGAGGAGGAGCUGCCGCGGCUGAAGAGCACGCUGAUCACCGCACUCAACGACAAAGGCUCGCUGGUCGUCCGCGAGGCAGCUGCCGCCGCGAUCAUUGCAGCGCAACUGGCCCUUCGCGACGAGACGCAUCUUUUUGCGCUGCUCGAUGGACUGGCCGACGAGAAGAAGAAUCUGCUCACUUAUUUGUUCGAUAAGCAUGGUGCAAGGCGGUCGGCGGGUUCUGGGCCAUCGGGCAUCGAUAAACUGGAGAAGGAGAUGCGUAGACUAGACACGAGGACGAGCACACCUCCUCGUCCGCAGGCUACUGUAUGAUUAUGAUCAGGCUUUUGUAGGUACCUUAUGCUUUCGCACUGUAUGAUUAUCCAUCGAAUUCGUUCAAGAAAUCCAUCGAUACAAUUUCUUCCAUGCAUUGUACAUACAACUACAACCAGCCUCGUCUCGACAGAGAUCAUAGCGCUAGCUAUGUCGAGUCGUCCGGAAGGCCAUUCAAAUCCACCCUCCCUUCGUCGAUCCACUCUUUUCUCACCAACUUCGUUCGAUACGACCAAUAUAGCCGAUAUACCAGUUUUAUUGUAUGCUCGCCGGCUUUGGUCACCUCAGCAAUGUCGCGGAUCGACUUGCCCGUGAGAUUGCACGUGAAGUAGAUCGCACCACCAGCGAUCGACAACGGAGUCCGGCCUUCUGCAAUACCAAACUUGCGGGCCCUCAUGAUAAUCUCCUCACAGAUCGACUGCACGUUCGGCGGCAGGUCUAGGUGGUUGCGAUAUCGAGCCAACAGCGCCUCAGCACCAGCCUGGGUGGUUGACGUCGAUGAACCAUUGUUCAAGUCCAGCGUCUUCUGGAUAGCAUUGCAGCACUGCCCGAGCAAUUUCUUCGACGCCUUUGUCAACUCGCAUAUCUCGGAAAGCGGGGGACACCCGCGCUUGACGACACGCCAGGAAAAUGCAGGCAGCCACCACGGCGUCGGCAGGCUUAUUACGCAGCAGCUUCUCAUCGUCAGCGCUCUUGUAAAGCUGUUUCGCGAUAUCGCUGAUGGUUUUGGGGGGCGAGAACUGGUCGCACCAUGUGCCGAUUUGGCGAAUGGCAGUCAGAACGCUGCGUUCCGAGCGCGCGUUCUGCGCACGGGAUGCUGCGCGCUGCGACUCCUUCGCAAAACCCGGCCCGCAGUCCCAGAAGCUGACCAUCGUGUCCAGGUCUUCGCCAAGCAGAGGGUCUGAGGCGGCACCGACACGCGAUGGAUCGUCACCCUCGUCGUUGGCGAAGGUCUACUGAAGGUCAGCCGAGGCAAACGGAGACACCGCAGCCAAAAGGGAGAUUCGAGUGGAGCGAACCCGCCAUUCUCUCCGCCGAGUCCACGAUCCUGUCCCCCAAUACUAGUCCACAGCCCGCACACACCGGGUCACCGCUGCUGAACUCGGGGAUUUGGGGGUUCGGGUCUUUGCAGUCGGAGCAAAUGAGCCGAAAAUUUAAAUCCCGUCGGAACGUAGGAGGCGUAGCUGGUUGGCCUAGCUGCUUUGCCAAAGAAAGGGCUGGGAGCACGCCAUAGUAGGCUCAGCGGGACAAUAUGAGAUAGCAGCCACCAUGUAGAGACUAGCUCAAAACCUCAGAGCCACUAGGUAAGGAGAGGGUUUGAAGCCUGCCUCUCUGCAAUGUAUUAGGACCUGAUCAAGAGAGGGAGAGGGAGAGACAGUACUUAGAAAGGAGCCGUCAAGUCCCAAGUGGCUGUGUAUACCAUCACUUCAGUAAAAUGUCAUGAAGAUAAGAUUAGAUGCGCCUCAACUCUGACAUGGCAUCAUGAAAC